UCAUUCAUUGAUACAGUAAAGCAGAGCAGGCACAGCUGAACAGCGGCGGCAAAAGCAGUAAAUUUUUGCAGAAGAAAAUUAUAAUUUUCAAAACAGUGCUACAAAAGGCAAAUAAUGAGUACUGGUGGCACCGGAGGCGGUGUCGGAGGCGGUGCACGCCCACCACCCAGGAUCGAUGGCAUGGUCUCGCUAAAGGUCGACAAUCUCACAUAUCGCACCACACCCGAGGAUUUGCGUCGUGUCUUCGAACGUUGUGGCGAAGUAGGUGACAUUUACAUACCACGCGAUCGCUACACACGUGAAAGUCGUGGAUUUGCCUUUGUGCGCUUCUAUGAUAAGCGUGACGCUGAGGACGCACUAGAGGCCAUGGAUGGUCGUAUGCUGGAUGGCAGGGAGCUGCGCGUUCAAAUGGCACGCUAUGGUCGACCCUCGUCGCCGACGCGCCGCAACAGCAGCAGUAGUCGUCGUGGCGCUGGUCUUGGCGCCGGCGCUGGCGGCGGUGCUGGGGGACGUCGUCGCUCGCGUUCACGUUCCCCGAUGCGUCGUCGUUCGCGCAGUCCGCGACGACGCUCGUAUUCGCCGCGUUCACGCUCGCGUUCUGCGGGCAGUCGCUCACCCGGUCGUCGCAGCAAAUUCUCACGCAGUCCCGUGCGCGGUGACAGUCGCAACGGCAUCGGCAGCGGCGGCUUGGCCAGCGGCUCACGCAGUCGCAGUCGUUCCUAAAUUUGCCGGCACGCUUCAGACGUUCCAUACUUUUACGUACGAAAAAGCCUUAAUUGACUCGUGGACAACGGUAUAUCCAGAAAACCCCGCUCAACAAGGCUGCUGUAACAACAUCUCAAUGCUGUGUACCAGAACAGCAGGUAUACAAAAACAAAACAAAACUGAUAAAAGAUUUACACAAUUAUACACAGAAUAUUUAUAGUACACUAUUUUAAGUUGAGGAAGCGAACAAACUACUAAACAAAUCAACAAAAGAGAGCAAACUAAAAAGAACUAUAAGAGUAUAUAAAACAAAGCAUAGUUCAGCCUGGUCAGGGUUUUGGGAUUUAGUUUUAUAUUGUUUUUUAGUUACUUCUGUUUGUUUUUCUUUUGCAUAUUGUGUUUAAUAUAAUUUGUCUGCUCAAACGGGUCAGCAGCUGGCAAUAGUGUUUGCUAGGGUAUCUAGGGUAUAGCAUUUAAUAAUUUGGGCGCCAUUAUUGAUGACUUGUGUAGCACACACUACAAAAAAUAAAACAAAAAA